UUCUCCGUCUGCAGACGUAUCGAGACACAAAAAGAGGCAACCUCCAGACCAGUGCGAGGGACCUACUCCCAUCAUGACCGAGACCACAAAGACCCACGUUAUCCUGCUGGCCUGCGGCAGCUUCAAUCCCAUCACUAAAGGGCACAUUCAGAUGUUCGAAAGAGCCAGGGAUUAUCUGCACAAGACUGGAAGAUUCAUUGUGAUUGGUGGGAUUGUCUCUCCAGUCCACGAUUCCUAUGGAAAACAGGGCCUUGUGUCGAGCCGGCAUCGUCUCAUCAUGUGUCAGCUGGCUGUCCAGAAUUCCGACUGGAUCAGAGUGGACCCAUGGGAGUGCUACCAAGACACCUGGCAGACGACCUGCAGUGUAUUGGAACACCAUCGAGACCUCAUGAAGAGGGUGACUGGCUGCAUCCUCUCCAACGUCAACACACCUUCCAUGACACCCGUGAUUGGACAGCCACAACACGAGAACACCCAGCCCAUUUAUCAGAACAGCAAUGUGUCCAGCAAGCCCACUGCAGCCAAGAUCCUGGGAAAGGUGGGAGAAAGCCUCACCCGGAUCUGCUGUGUCCGCCCUCCCGUGGAGCGCUUCACCUUUGUAGAUGAGAAUGCCAACCUGGGCACAGUGAUGCGGUAUGAAGAGAUUGAGCUGCGCAUCUUGCUGUUGUGCGGUAGUGACCUGCUGGAGUCCUUCUGCAUCCCAGGACUCUGGAAUGAGGCAGAUAUGGAGGUGAUUGUUGGGGACUUUGGGAUCGUGGUGGUGCCCCGGGAUGCAGCUGACACAGACCGAAUCAUGAAUCACUCCUCAAUACUCCGCAAAUACAAAAACAACAUCAUGGUGGUGAAGGACGACAUCAACCAUCCCAUGUCUGUAGUCAGCUCCACCAAGAGCAGGCUGGCCCUGCAGCAUGGGGACGGCCAUGUUGUGGAUUACCUGUCCCAGCCAGUCAUCGACUACAUCCUCAAGAGUCAGCUCUACAUAAACGCCUCGGGCUAGCAACACCCAGCUCUCCACUCUACUCUCCCCGCGUCCUCCGCCAACACACUGGCCCCUCCAGCCACUGUCAGACCCCAUUUUCCCUCUGCCUCUCUGUUUCUCUGUCUUCAUCUUGACUGUUCUCCCCACUGACUGACGUAACCCCCACAGUGUGGGGGCCUGCG